AUCAACUUUCUUCCUUUCUUAUUCAAUCUCUAUUAUGACGUCUUUCUCUUCUUUUUGUACCGCCCCAUUCCUUCUUCUCUGUCAAAUAACACAAAUUUAAUACCCAAUUGACACUUAGAAACACAGAAAGAAAGCUCUUUUGUAUAGCUGUUGCUGAGCCAAAAACAAAAGUUUCCCAAAAAGAAUAAAUAGAUUAGCUAAAGGAAGAAAAAGGGGAGAAAAGAAAGAAGAGAAAAAAGGGACAAAAGCAAAGGAAUCCCAUUUCAUCCUCUUUCAAAUCCUUCUCUUUUAAUAUAACUCUUGAUCUCUGUUUUAAUCUGGGUAAGGUUUUUCUUCCCUCAAUUCAUUUUGUUUCCCUGGAAGAAAAUUCUCAAACUUUGACCACAAUCCCAUCUUUUUCUCUGAAUGUAAGCCUGUCAGGUAUUGAAUUUGAUCAUCAUCGGAUUGCUCUGCUUGGUUGGAUUUUAUUUUUCUUGAGAUUGUGAUUAUAAACAGAGUGAGAGAGAAAGAAUGGGUCUUGAUGCAAUGCGAAUUAGAGUUGAAAUCAAGAGAUUUUUGGUCAUUUCGAUUAGGACAUGUUACAAAUCAGUGUGUAAACACCCAUUUCUUGUUGGGUUUGUCUGUUUCUUGAUAUUUCUGUACAAAUCAUUUCCUUUUUUGUUUUCCCUUUUAGUCUCUGCAUCCCCUAUUUUGGUUUGUACUGCUAUUUUGCUCGGUACUUUAUUGAGUUUUGGAAAACCGAAUAUACCUGAAAUUGAAAAGGAGAAAGAAGAAGAAGUUGCAGACGAGGUCUCUUCUCUAAAAACAGGUAUUAUAGGGGAUGCCACUGUUGUUGUUGAAAAAGAUGAGAGCUAUUUUGUAGAGAGUUUUGUAGGGAAGAGAAAGGAGACAUCAGAGGAAGCCAUUGGAGAAGACAGUUGGGAGAAGAAUGGAGUUAGUAAGAUUGAGGGAGAGGAUGGUUUAGGUGGCUAUCUGCCACUUGUUGAUGAGAAUACUCUGGAGAUCCAAUUUGAGAAGCAAGUAAUUGAAGCUGAGAGAGAAUUUGAUGAUUUGAAAUUGGAGAAGAAGAGGGAAAUUCACGAGGAAAGACAGCAGAUGAAUGACGUCUUGACUGAGGGCAAGGCUGCUGAAAGUCUUUAUUCUUUGAUUUCGAAUGGGGGAAAUGAGAAUCUUCAAGUUGAAGAUGAUAAGUCCCCGGGAGGAUUUAUUGAAGCUGAACAUGAUGAUCACUUAAAUUUACAGCAUUUAUCGUGGAAACGGGCAAAUGAUAAUGAUGAAGAGGAGGAUGAGGAUGAGGAGGAGGAGGGUUCUGAUUCUGGGUCUGAUGGGGCGGAGAGCUCCUCUCCAGAUGCUUCAAUGGCGGACAUUAUUCCAAUGCUUGAUGAGCUCCACCCGCUCUUACAUGAGGGAGAUCCACAGCCAGCUCAUAUAUCUGAUGAUGGAUCUGAUGCCGCUUCAGAAGGGUCUCAUAAGAGUAGUGAGAGCAGUGUUGAGUCAGAUGAGGAUAUUGAAAACCAGGCAGAUGGAGAAGAAGAUGGUGACGAUGAUAAUGACAAUGAGGAAGAAGAUGAAGAAGCACGAGGAGGCAAAGAAGAUGAGAGUAAAUCUGCAAUCAAAUGGACAGAGGACGAUCAAAAGAAUCUCAUGGAUUUGGGAACUUCAGAGAUUGAAAGAAACCUACGUCUGGAGAAUCUUAUUGCCAGGAGAAGAGCUCGUAAAAGCAUGAGACUGAUGGCUGAGAAGAAUCUUAUAGACUUGGAUGGGGCUGAUCUUCCCCUUAAUAUUCCACCUAUUUCUACAACAAGACGCAACCCCUUUGAUCUUCCUUAUGAUUCUUUUGAUGAUGUUCCUGGGUCUGCUCCAUCUAUAUUGUUGCCAAGACAUAACCCAUUUGAUAUUCCUUAUGAUUCAAAUGAGGAAAAACCUGAUCUUAAAGGUGAUAGUUUUCAGCAAGAGUUCUCAGCAUUUCAUCAUAAGGAACCAUUCUUUAGAAGACAUGAGAGUUUCAAUGUGGGAUCAUCAAUUCUGGGAGCUGUCAAGCAAGAGAGGCAAGAUCUUCGGUGGAAACCUUAUUUUGUACCUGAACGAUUUGCCACUGAGGAAACAAGCUAUCGUGCCUUCCAACGGCAAUUAAGUGAAGCUAGUGAGUCAAAAUUGAGCUCAGUUCCUGAUACUGAAUCAGUGAGUUCAGCUGUGGAGGAGGAGGACAAGAAGCUCAAUGAAGAAGAUGAUUUUAUAGAAACAGAAAUGAUCUCCAGUGUGGAACAUGCUUCUGUCCUCGUUCAACGUGGAAGCCUGUCAUCUGAAGAUGUUGACCCUCUGGACAUUGGAAACAUUGAAGAGAGAGAUGCUCACCACGAUGAGGAUGAAAUUACACUUGGGGAUGUUGAAAACCACAACGAACUGGAUUCGAGUUUGUCUACAUUGGGAGGGACAAGUCCUGUAGAACUUAAUACAAGAGAAAUUCUUCUGCGAAUGGAACCAGGAGAUGAGGAGUACAGCAGUAGAUCAAGCCUAUCAUCAUUGUCUGAAGUGGAUGAAAAGAUAUCUGAUGUGAAGGGGUCACCGAUUCCGGAGCAAAGCUAUGGUCAGACUGAGGAUUCUCAUGUUUCAACCCAAGCUUCACUUGAUACAGAUUUUCAUUUUCUGAGUGAGGUGGCAGAUGAAAAUGGACAUAGGGUGCUUGUUCUAGAGCCAAGGGGCAAUCCUACUGGAGAAUCCACAAUGCAAACCUCAUUCGAAUCAGAUUUUCAUUUUACAAGUUGUGUGGAGGAAAGCAAUAGAUGCAUAGAGCGUGUUUCGGAGCCAACAGAUGGUCAUAUUGGGGAUUCUAGCAUUUUAUUGCAAGCUUCAAUAGAUUCAGAUUCACAUUCGAGUGAGGUGGUGGAUAACGUUGAACAUAAGGAGCCUGUUCUGGAGACAAGAGGCAGUCUUAUUAGUGAAUCUGGCAUUAUAACACAAACUUCAGUUGAGUUAGAUUUCCAUUUUACAGGUGUGGCGAUGGAUGACAAUCAACAUAAGGAGCCUGUUUAUGAUUCAAGCCCCCAGGCAGUUGACAAGCUGCCCUCUUUCUUAUCCAUCUCUUCUGAUACACAAGGAGAGGUGUCAGAAACUAAUUCACCUCCAAUGUUGGCUGAAUUUGUAGGUAAAGAAUCUGAAGUGCAUACUGAAAGCAUAGAAAAAGAUGCUUCUGAUUACAAAGAGUCGCAUGAAGGCUCUUCACAAAAAUGCUCUCUAGAGGAAAAUGAAUCAAGAGUUGCAGAAUCUGAGCAUGAUGUUAAGGAGGUUAGGUUGGCAGGGGAUGAUCUAACAUUUAAUAGUCAAAAUGGCCAAAAUGGGUUUAUGAAGCGAGAAUCAGCAGUUGAGCAUGAGGCAGUUGAUUCGCCUCCAUCAUCAAGUGAUGGAUCUGUAAAGGAAGGUCUAGUGCACAAUCAAAAAGGGUUCAAUAACAAGCUGGAUCAACUCGAGUCAUCAAGUCUUAAUGCAGAAACAACUCUUGUCCCUCACCAAGAUGAAAUUGAGAAGUUGGAUUCUUCCUCUUCUAGUGAUUGUGUGGCUUCUGCAGAGACAAUUUUGGAUGCACUAGAAGAACAACAUCCUCCAGUUGCAGUUGAAGUUUCAGCGAACUCCAAAUUAUCAUCUUCAGAAUCUGAAUCUCAAAUCCCUUCAAGUGUUGAUGCACAGAUCCGUGUCAACAAUUGCCAAGCUACAGUUGAGAAGUUAGAUUUGGUGGUUUCAGGCACCAGAGUGAUGCCUUCUGAUGAUUUAAAGUUGGUAAAUGAGGAACGACAGCCUGCAGUGAUAGCUGAGCAAGUUUUACAGGCUAAUCCAGAUACAUCUUCUUCAGAGAUUAAGGAUGUGGAGGAGCUUUCGUUCAGGAAGGUAGAAAAUCCGAUGCAGUCAUCAAGUUCUGAUGCAAUUAUUGCUGCUGAUCUGCUUGAAGAUGCAGAUGUGAAGCUUGUUUCCUCAGGAUCUAGUUAUGAACAUGUGUCUUCUGAAGCAAAGUCCUCAUUUGAGUUGGAGAAACAGUUGUCUUGGUCAGAUAAAGCCAUUGUCGGACAAUCCCUUACUGACCAUGACGUAUUCGAGGGACCAUCUAUUAUCCCAGCAGAGUCUACAGCAGAAGUGAAAAUUGAAAAUAAUGUAGAUGUGCCUGAAGUGUUUUAUCAUGAGACAUCUGAAUCUGCCUCAGUUCCUCAACAAAGCCUGGAAUAUGAAUCGAAGGCCGAUGAAGUUGAUUUCAUAGAUAAUAUCCUUGAUAAGAUUGUCUAUGAAGACAGUAGGCUUAUCUUAAAAGGCCCUGAUUAUUCAGCAGAAGCACAUAGGUCUUCUGUUGUUGAGGAAAAUAUCAAUCAAGAUGAAGAUGAGAUAAAGGAGAUUGAUGAAGGAUUGUUGUCAGAACUAGAUACAGUUGGGGACUUCAGGGUCAAAGAAGUAGUUGGUGAGUCUCUUCAUAAUCAACAAAUACAGAAUUAUGAUUACAGUUUGUUAUCAACAGAUUCAAGUGCGGCAGAGAUUAAACCAGAACUCCCAGUUCUUGAAGUUAGAUCAGUUAUAGAUAUUGACUUGGCUUUUAAGCAACUUCAUGAAGGAGUAGAUGUUGAGGAGGUCAUCCUUCCAAGUAUGGUUGAGGAUCAACCAGUUGAUGAUGAAUAUAGGGUUCCUGAGGAAACCAACUCCUACUUGCCAGCCACUGAAGCAAGUUCGUUGGAAGAUAUUCAUGUUGCUAUAAAGCAAUAUUCCAAAGGGAAUAGUGAAGAGAUGUCAAAACAGUCUGAUUUAAAAGAAGGGUCAGCAAAAGUAAAUGAAGCAGGUUCUAGCAGUUCUAUGAGAGAGCUCCCAGUUCUUGAAAUUAGAACGACCAAUGAUAUUGACCUGGCUUUCAAGCAACUUAGUGAAGGUGUGGAUGUGGAGGAGGUAAUCCUUCCCAGCACCAUUGAGCAGAAUGUAGUUGAGAAUGAACCCAGAGAUACUCACCGCUCCUAUUUUAAUCUGCCAAUUGUUGAAGCAAGAUCUCUGGAAGAUCUUUAUAUUUCCAUGAAGCAAGCCUCAGAAGAGAAUAUUGAAGAGAGGUCAAAACCAUCAGAUUUGAAUGAAGGCGCAUCGAAAGUGUGUGAAGUGGAUUCUAGCUGUUCUACUAAGGAGCUUCCAGUUCUUGAAGUUAGAACAGCUGAUGAUAUUGAUCUGGCUUUCAAGCAACUUAGUGAAGGUGUGGAUGUUGAGGAGGUAAUACUUCCCAGCACACUUGAGCAGCAUAUAGGUGUAAAUGAAUCCAGAGAUUCUCAACAAUCCAGUUCAGACUUGCAAGUCCUUGAAGCAAGAUGUCUGGAAGAGCUUCAUAUUGCCAUGACCCAAGUCUCACAGGGUAAUAUUGAGGGGCCACCACAGUCGUCAGAUCCCACCAAAGAGACUGUAUCAAGGGCUUUAGAAGUGAAUAAAAUGGGUCUUGCCAAGGACACUGUAUCAAGUGCUGAAGUGGGUUUUAUCCAGACGAGUGGACGGAGUACCAAAGGUACUAGUGCCGAGGCUCCUCAUUCACCAAAUGAUGGAUUUGAUGAAACAUCUGGAGUUUCAAGUUUGAGCAUGGCAGAUACAGAAGGUGAGAAAGCAAUGAAAAAAUCUGAUAGAUUGAGCUCUAGUUCAAGCUCAAGCUCAAGCUCCAGUGGUUCAGAUUGAAAAUGAGAAUUGAAGGAGAGUAUAGUGAUACAAGUUUUGUGGUUUGAGUUUCCCUUUGUUGUGAGAUCAUAUGGGAUUUUUUGUUUUCAUAGUUUGGUUUCCUAUAUUGUUUAUUUAUUGGUAGUUGGUUUUUGUUUACCUUCUCAUUUGAUUGAUCUCUUCAAGGAUGAGUUUUGGUUUGGAUUCUUGAAGUGUUUCUUUGUUUUUUUUUUCCUCAUUUUCUAGCUUCAAAGGGUGAGCAGUUUGAGGGUUUUUGGGAGAAAAGUUUGAAAUAUUUGCAGAUUUGUAAAUUGCAUUUGUAGAAUUAAUGAUUUGAUAAAUGCCAGAUGUAUAUUAUUUUUUUGUCAA